GUAUUGGGCUUUUGGCGCUCUUCUGUUAUAUUAGGGUUUGGGUAAACCUCAGUUGCCCCUUCUUUUUGUAACUUUGGGCUUUGGCCUGCUUUUCAUCAAUGAACUGUCACCCGCUGGGAGGAGAAAGAAAACUCCUUCUCCGCCUCGGAUUUCCUCGCUCUCCCAAUAUUUGCCCAUGUGCCUAGUAAUCGUAAGAGAAACACGAGAGAAGACUGAGUACCAGAUGGGGUAAACACACUACUAGAAAGAAAAAAUAUAUAUAAAAAAAAAAAAAACUUUACUGGCAAUUCAAUCAAUGCAUGGAAGAAGAGAAUUCCAAGAAGAGACCGCUGGACCUUGACUGGGACGUGAUAUUGGACUCAAAAGACGACGAACAACAGCAGAUACUGAUCGUUAAAGGGCCUACGCAACUGCCAAAACCCUCGCCAAUGAGCACCGAUCACUCGCCUAGGGAGGAUUGUGCUUCCAUGACCGAUCGCGAGCUUGAGGACGGUAUUAAGAGGCAGAAGCUCAAUAUUGCAAAUUUAAGCCCAAUUUUGCCUGACAAAGGUGAGAAACUUCGGGCGUUGCUUAAAACCUUAGAGGAUGAAUACCAACGGAGAAAGCUUCGACGCCCUGAAAUGGAUGUUGAUGUAUUUGAGAAGCCUGCUCAGUUAACAAGUUCAGGUAUAACUGAUGGCUUUAAACAAAAGAAUGGAUCAUCUGAAGUACAUUCACAAUCUGAAGUUGCCAUUAUUUUUAGUAGAAAGACGAAAGAAAAUACAGAUUGCAAGAUAGUCAAAGCAUUUGAUGAUGAAGAAUUGUCAACUUUGAGUCGAUGCAACAGCCAGAAAACGAGAACUGAUGGAGCCUUAUCACAAAGUUGGAGAAAAAAAGGUCAUUCAUCAUCAAAAAAAUUGCCUUUUCAAUACGAUAACAGCCCUUCACAUAAUGGAGAUAAACAUGUUACAUAUAACGGUGAUCGAAAGGACAGAGCUUCUUCUACUUCUUCCUUCAGCCACACUGGGGAAAGCUUUUCCAGCAAUUUUUCCAAGAAGAAGGAUACUUGUCAAGUCCUACCUUCAAAUGGCUCAGGGCCUAGGAAACAGGGGAAGACAGUUGUUCUUGUAGAUGAGGAUGAAACCCAACUUGUAGAGACAAUAGAGCCUGAAAACAAACAUGCUGAAUGCAUGAAGGAUGCUAAGAUCUACUACCCAUCAAGGGAUGAUCAAGAAUCUGUAGAAAUUUGUUACUCGGAUAUAAACUGCCUAGACCCUGAAGGUUUUUUGACAUCACCGAUCAUGAACUUUUACAUCAGGUAUUUACGGCUGCAAAUCUCCCCAACAAACAAGGCUAUAUGUGAUUAUCACUUUUUCAAUACAUUCUUCUACAAGAAGCUCAAACAGGCUGUAUCUUACAAGGGGAGUGACAAAGAAUCCUUUUUUGUCAAGUUUAGAAGGUGGUGGAAGGGUGUCAAUAUAUUUCAGAAGGCAUAUGUCUUUAUUCCCAUACACGAAGAUCUUCAUUGGAGCUUGGUGAUUAUUUGUAUCCCAGACAAGGAAGAUGACUUGGGACCAAUUAUACUUCAUUUGGAUUCUUUGGGACUUCACUCUAGUAAAUCAGUCUUUGAAGACAUUAGAAGUUAUUUGAGAGAAGAAUGGAACUACAUGAAACAAGAAGUUUCUCCGCCAGAUCUUCCAAUUGCAGACCGAAUAUGGAAACAUCUCCCUCGUAGAAUUGAUGUGAAAAAAAUUGAGGUUCCUCAACAGAAAAAUGACUAUGAUUGUGGUCUCUUUGUGCUGUUCUUCAUGGAGCGAUUCAUUGAAGAGGCUCCUGAGAGACUGAAAAAGAAAGAUUUGGCAAUGUUUGGCAAGCGGUGGUUCAGACCUGAACAAGCCUCUGGUUUGAGAGUGAAAAUCCGAAAAUUACUAUCAGAUGAAUUUCAAAAGGCAUAUGAGGGUGGCCAAUAUUUGGAAUUUUCUCCUUCGUCUUCAGGUGGUGCUUCACCCUGAACAUGAUCCAGCUGCGACUCUACUAGUUGUCCGUAUGGGUUGAGUGUACAUCUAUGUAUAGCUCACAUUUGAAUAGAAAAUUGACUCUGAAAGAAUGGUGAAAUGACACUUGUAUAGCCUCGGGAAUCGGUUCAAAUGCCAUUGGCGCACAAAGAAAAAGUGGACACAGAUUUGCCUGGACAACAAAAUAGAUCUUGGUCAUUUCCAACUGACCUGUUUUGGUAAGUUAAAAAGUCCAUUUUAAUUGCUUGUCCAAAAUCCAAAUGUACAGGAGGGAAUCGGAGUAGUGCUGAUUACUAAUGAUGGGGGUGGUUGAGAUAUUAUCCACCAAUUAGGUUGCAUUCUUUUUAAUGUAAGCAGUUUCUUCUGCAAUUGAACAUCAAAGGACAAUUGAGGGGAGGAAAUAUGCAAGCAUAAAAAGACAAUUGAUAAUUGUUCCACUGAGCUCCAUGGAAACGCUCAGUUACUGUCUUGUGAUUUGAUGUCCACAACUUAAACAUAAUUUUUAGAAGAAUACAGUGUGCUUCGCUUA